AUGGAUCUUGAUGCGGCGGAGAAGCACAUGAAGGACUGGUUCGGUGACCAUGCAUCAUGGAGUCACGAACAGCUGCUCAAUCUUGUCUAUGAGGAGGACCUAAUAUCAGUGCGAAACCUGCAGAACUUCAGUGACUACAGUACUGGUGGUCUUCGAGUCGGCGGCGGCCGCCCAUCUUUCCCACUCAUGACACAAGAAGAAUACGGGCUUUUGAACGCGCCAUACAGCCAAUGGGCUCCUGCACCUUUCAACAGAAACAGCUACAGUUGCAUGGACCGCAUUUCCCCGCUGAUCAAGAGACAAGAGCUCCCAGAACUCAGGAGACAACCCCACAUGGGCUUCCUCGCGCGUCUACGCCCCCUCAAAGCAAAGCUUUUGCUCGGUAUGGUGCCAAUCAGCGGAGAUCGCUGGGUAGAACGCAAGAUGGAUGACCCUGCCAACUACAGGAACCUCUUUGAAUUGAUCAAUGAUCUCACCAAGAUAUUUGAAUGGUUCAAUCACGAGGAGGUGCGCACCCGGACUCGCGACGCUUUCAACUGGAUGGUCGACCGAUAUGUCGAGUUUCAGAAGGCAGCUAAUUUGCGACGCGAGCAAAAUGGCGUCGAAGAGAAAUUGGAUCUUGCCGGCAUGUGGGCAGAGUACUGGAACGACGGGAUGACAAACAUGUCACAGCGUACGCAUCAAUGGGUUGUAGAUCGCGUGGAUGAAGUUCAAGCGCGUGCUUUCGAGCAGUAUCAAGAGGCACUGAAUACCGCUGGAACCGACGAAGCAGCCAUCGGUGAGGCCGGCAAGAAGUACUACGAGUGUGUCCAAGAUCUCAGAGGCAUGCUCACCAGACUCGAGUACACGAUCGGCGUCCCAAUGACCGGUUUCAAGGGCUACACAGCCACCAACGCCUUCACCGACCUCCCCGUAGCCCAACGAAAAAACACCUGGUCCCAAAUCAUGGGAAGCAAGUCCUUCAAGCACCAGUUAGCCAUCUUAGAAGCCGAAGACAAAGCCGCCGCCGAAACCGCCGCCAACCCACCCUCCCUAGCAGAACAGAUGGACAUAAUGGGCCAACUCACCAAGCCAGCCCACCCCCGUUUCCGCGACACCGAGAACCUGCUCGGCCACUACGAAGAAGGCAAGAAGAAUCGCGAUGAAACCCGCCUCGCCCUCUGCGGUCCACCCAAGCCCGUCGCGCAAGAACAUUGGAUCACCAUUCUACGCGAGCGCAUGGAGUUCUACGCAAAGAACCCGCGCAACCUAGAGAGAAAUCCCGAUGCAUGGGGUUUCGUAUGCUACCGCCUAACCUACUCGGAAACAGACGAAGAAUGGGCUACCUUUCAAGAAAACUUCACCAAAGACGUUAUGCGAUCUGGGACGUGGAUCUCCGGCUUCGACGCUAUCAAGAACAAGUCCAAGAUCAUGUUCAUCGACGGGCGGGAGGCUGGGAUCGCGGAAGGCGACAUCGCGGCUGCGAAACAGCAUUUCAAGCGGACUUUCACCAUGCUACCCACGCUGGGCCGUAUGUGGACGCAAGAUUUCCUCGUCGUGGACAAACAAGCGUUCAAAUCGCAUGUCGACCCCCCAUCCGAGGAAACCAGACCCCCGCCACCGUACGGUGCGUCGUGGGGAAGUAAUGGCGGGCAUGUGCGUCUUGUAGACACGACAUUAGACCUGCUUUCCCAGGAGUUUAUCGACCAAGUAUCGCCGGGAUACAGAGGAGAGAUGAAGAUUUUGUCGAGCCUGCUUCUGGAAGAACUGUAUCCGCUGCUCGCGACGCUGUCUGUUCGUCCAUUUGGACUUUGGCCUUGUGCGCGGUUGCAUCCGAGGGAGGUUUAUGUGGGGACUACGGAUGCGGCGCAGGAGGGGUGGUGGGAGUUUAGUCGGAUUGAUCAGAGUUUGAUGCAGGGGUUCUUUCAGAGUAUGAGGGGGAGGCAGGCGGAUUUGAGGGCUAGGCAGGGUUGA